CGAUUUAGCAACGUGGUCGGCCAUAUUGUUUUUUCCAAAAUUAACUAAUUGUCAGAAAGUUAAAGUGGUUUUCACUUUUUUUGCACUUAUUUCCAUUUGUUGAACUUUUAAGUUUACUAGAAAUGGAUUCUCUUGUCGGUUAUGGGAGCGAUGAUGAUAAUGAAACUGAACGUGUCAGCAGUCACAGUUCGACUGAUAUUCUAGGUGGGUCAAGGUCCGAGCCAGCCAGCACGCCGACGGGAUGAUGAUACCAACUACGAUGACGUGAACAUGGAACUCAGUGAGGACUCCCAGGGUGAGUCGGAGCUCGGGGCGGAGGAGCAGUCUGAGUCCAGCUCGCAGCACUGCCCAGAUCGGCCGGAACGACUCAAGAGAUCCAAUUACCAUGGUCAACAGGAUAGCAAUGAUCGGUCUAACUCAGAUGAUAGCCGAGAACGUGAUCGUCGUGAUCGCGACCGGGAUCGUGAGCAGGACCGCAAAGACAGGAGACGAGAGUCCCCAGCCAAGGGGAAAACCGAAAGAGACCGGGGAGAACGGGAUAGAGACCGCCGCUCGCCGCGCAGAGAUGAUAGAUACAGAUCUGACAGAAGCGAUCGUGGCCGCGGCUCACAGGAGGGUUGUUCCCGACGUGGUCUUCUCGGAGAUCGACCUGAUGAUAGGAAUGCAGAUAAUAGGGUCCCCGCGCUGAUGGAUUUAAAACCGUUCGGUGGUGAACCUCCCCCAGGGUUGAGUUAUGGAAAGUCGCAGGACGCCAGAGAUGCAGUCUCGCCGAGAUUCGUAGACAGAGAGCGACGUGACAGAGAAAGGGAGCGCGGCAGAGACAAGGAGAGGCAUGGUAGACGAUCUGAGGAACGCAGAUCUGGACAUAGAAGUAGGGAGCGACGUUCGCGGUCUCGGUCGCGGGGCGCUGCCUACCCUCCGCCGACACACACUAGUUCUGAGAGACGUUCCUCACCACCGUCGGGCGACUAUCGGCCGUCUUCAUACAAAGUUAAUAAGAAGUUAAAAGUUAUGGAGAAAAUGGGUCUUCAAAUAAAGACCCCGGACGGGUCUAUGACGACAGCGCAGCAGCUGCGCGCCGCCUCGCAGGACGCCGCGCCAGCAGGACUGCCCGCGUACUUCAAUGCUAACGCUCUAAGUAGCAACAAGAUGAAAGAUCAGAAACGCAAGCUGCUGUGGUCCAACAAAUCGAAAUCUGAGGCAGAAGAAGCUGCCAAAUGGAGCGGCACACGCUUCGCACAGGAUUCUGACGGCAAACAGGUCUCCAAGUUUAUGAGGCUAAUGGGUAUCAAAGAACCAGCGGCAGUAAAUGAGGUGGAUGCAACCGCAGACCCUAACAAGAAACAAGAGGAAUUAUUCCAAGCGAUGCAAGCGCAGUACGAAGUAGCGAGAGCGACAACUCACACCAUGAGGGGUGUGGGACUCGGCUUUCAACGGGGACAGUUCUAGAAUGUUCUUUACUAUAGUUUACCAAACAAGAUUAUCUGGACCGGUAAGAAAGGUUCUGUUGGGGAAAAAAAGUUCAAAAGCUGUCAUUGUAUAAAAAGCUCAAAAAAAAUAAGGAAAAAGCCGUUGUUAACAGUUGGUUCUAUUGGAAUAUAUGUAAAAUUUGCAUGGACAUAAAUAAUGGCCCUCUUAUGUGUUAGUGAGCUAUUAUAGGUUAACUUAUGCUCACCGGGUCAGAUAACUUGUCAAACUAUAAUAAAAUUGUCAUCUGUCAUUUUGACAUUUGCGGUUUGUUACCAUAUAAAAAAGGCAAAGGCUUCCAGCUUCCAGCCACCGUCAAUUCAUAAUUCUAAAUUACAAAUUAAAAUUAUUAUAUUUAAAAUUUGUUGUUGUAGAUUUAUAAUACUGUUUUGUACGAUAAAAAUCAUUGGCGUAUGAUUGAAUGCUUUAAAAUAGGUUACAAUUCAUGUUGAAUUAUUGCUGAAAUUUGGCAGACCUCGUCUGUGACGUCAUUUAUAUUUAUAAAUUCGUGUGCAGGAAAUAGCUAGUUGCGUAAAGUUUUUAAUAUAAGAUUUAGAAGUAUUGUAUAAUAGUUAUUGUUUUCGUUUAACUUUUAUUCAGUCGUAAAUCUUCAUGUUCUAUAACAACUUCUUUUAAUACAAAUUAUUAUUUUUAGUACGUCAUUUACAUGUUAUUGGUAAAUUAUUGUUUAUGUGUGAUUUAGUUUUUGUAUUUAAAAAAAAUACAUUGUGUAUUGAUAUAAGGUCCAUUCUAAUAUAGUUUUUUUUUGCAAUAAGUGUAAUGGAAUAAAUACAGUAUAAGCACCUGAAACAAUAACAGAUUAAGGUCCUGCCCCACCACUGGCUGAUAAGGCUCUGAUAGCUUAAAAGUGACAUCUCUGUCAGAUAACAAAAUCCGAUAUUUCCAUCACAUAUUUUAUACAUUUUUAUCUUACAAUUUACAAGAAUUGUGGGACAGGCCCUUAAUAUUAAGAAAUUCAGUGUUGCCCUAAAAUAAGCGAAUAAGUGAUACAUUUACAGUUACAUUGUCUAAAGACCAAAUAUAUGAGAAUACAUUUUUGUAAAUUAAUUGCGUAUGCGAUUCUUAUCUUAAUUUCUUUUACACUCCCAUUUUUAAAAACUACUCAAGGACUACGGAUUUAGUUAGUUUUAAUUAUUUUAGUUUAUGUUAAGAUAUUUUCUCAGUAAACAUCUGAUAAAUGUAAAUAUUGUGAUUGCAUUUAGUUAAUAUAAUGCGGAGAUGAUUUUUGUGUGAUAUAGUUUUAUAAAAUGUAACUCAUUGUAUAUUAGUUCUAUCGUUUGCGUACUUCACAACACCCUUUAUUGAAUAAAUAUUAUAAAGUUA